GUUAAUUACUUAAUUUGCGAUUCUUUACUUUAAAUGAAAUUAAAAGUAUUUUUGUUUUCAAACAUAACAGAACAAAGUUACUGUCGAUGUCACCCGUCUCAAUGAAUGUCACUUGUACGAAAACAUUGAGGUUAUGGUUUUACAUAGAUCCGGAUGUCAUAUAAAUUUUGAAACAUUGAAAUCAUUAACUAACGAAAUUAAAUAUUAUAAAAGAACAAUAUGACUGAAUAUAGGAAACCUCCCGUCGACCCCGAUUUAAUUAAAUUCUCAGAGAAAGAUGACUACGACUCCCUUGCAAAAUAUUUAGUCGGUAACAUAUACCGAUAUCGUGAAAACAUAAUCAUACCCAGAGUAUUGGGUCCUGUUAUCAUUAAAACAAAUGAAGAGAAGAUGAUCGAGGCCACUGUUGAAAGUUGCCCAUUUAAAUCUUUCACCAGUUGUGUUAUAGGUUAUGGUUUGGGAGCUGCUGUAGGCUUAUUCACUUCAUCGCUUAUGCCUAAUAUGAGUGACCCAAUGGCACAACAAAAUCAAACAGCGAGGGAGAUCUUGAGAGAAAUGAAAAACUCAAUGUUAAGCUAUGCCAAGAACUUUGCUAUACUCGGUGCAGUCUUUUCCGGGGUCGAAUGUUGUAUAGAAAGCGCAAGGGGCAAAUCAGAUUGGAAGAAUGGGACAUACGCUGGUGGCGUUACCGGUGGGCUUAUAGGUUUAAGAGGUGGUUUAAAAGCUGGUGUAUUUGGUGCUGCAGGUUUUGCUGCAUUUUCAACUGUCAUUGAUUACUAUAUGCAUCAACGCUAGUAAUUAAUAAAUUAUUGAUACUUUAAUUUAAUGUUAGUUAAUAAAUGUAGAAGUGUUAUGUUUAA